AUGUCCGCAAUCAACUCAGAAACUUUCCGCGCCGGGACAUUCGACUUCUACAUUGGCCCCGACGAGAUUCAGUUCAGCUUGUACAGAAACCUUGUUUCUCGCUAUUCCGAGCCCCUCGACCGGAUGAUGGCGAAUGGAAUGAAGGAGUCUCGAGAAGGCAAAGCGUUCUUGAAGGAUGUCGAUCCCGACACAUUCUGUCGAUUUGCGGAGUUCAUCCACUCAGGCAACUACAGUGCUGCUGCUCCGGUCGAAGUGCCGUUAACACCUGAGGACGACGACAUUCUCCCCGAGGAACCUACUUCACCACUGACUGAUCAUGAGCCGGAGCCCAUCCCUGAGGACGUCCCUGAGCCAAUACCUGUUGAGGAACCUAUAGUUCAGGAUGGAUUUAGUUGGGGAGCGCAUUGGUCCCAGAGAGGCAAGAAGAAAAAGAAGAAAACGAAGGUCCAGGUCACAGCGCCGCCGCCACCGCUGCCCUUUCCGGUUGAUUCAGCACCCGGCCUGAACCAAUUGCCGACCAUGAGCUACGCUCAGACAUUUACCUGCCACGUCUCCGUAUACCACUUCGCCGAGUUCUACCUCGUUUUAGGGCUAAAAGAGCUGGCCAGACAGAAGCUUUCAGAGGCUUUGAACAUCUUUGAGUGUUUUCCUGAACGCACUGGAGAUAUCUGUCACGUCGUGCGGGUGGUGUAUAAUCAUGAAGAUGGAAAUACUCAUCCGUCACCGCUGCAUGAAAUUGUAUCAGACUAUGCGACGAACAACUUCAAAGUGCUCACAGCAUCGAGACGCUUCAAUGAUCUGCUCGCGGAAGGAGGAUUGUUUCCGCCCGACGUCUGUAGGAAGGUAGCGCGUCUUCUGAAUUGA